AUGUUGAGCCGAUCACCUUCACCGCCGCUAGACCCGGUGGCAGUCAGUGAAGACCUCACACCUCUGCCAAACUUGAAGCAGUCCGGAGACGCAUGCAUUAAUUUUGACGGCCAACUCCCAGAGCCGCUCGCCUAUCAUGAGGAUGUGAGGACAGGAUGCGGCGGCCAAACGUGGCCAGCAGGGCUGGUUCUCGGAAAGCACAUACUGCGGUAUCACAGGAAGGAGAUGCAGGAUGCCAGAAUACUGGAGCUUGGUGCUGGCGGCGGACUCGUUGGUCUUGCUGUGGCGCUGGGCUGUGGCGGUGACAACCGCUUGUUACUGACCGACCAGGAUGAGAUGUUGCAGCUCAUGCAGACAAAUAUUCGGCUCAACAAGGUCGAUACAAGAGCUAAUGCACUUGUACUUAACUGGGGAGAACCACUUCCGGAAGAGGUUGUAGCUCAAAAACCAAAUGUGAUACUCGCGGCAGAGUGCGUAUACUUUGAACCAGCCUUUCCACUGCUCAUGCAGACACUCAAAGACCUUUUCACUCUGAACGAGGAGGCCAUAGUAUACUUUUGCUUCAAGAAGCGCAGACGAGCCGAUAUGCAAUUUGUCAAAUUGGCCAAGAAGGCGUUUCUGGUGGAGGAGCUAUUCGACGAGGAUCGCCCAGUGUUUCAGCGGCAGUCCUUGUUUCUCUUUUCUUUCAAAAAACGACCGAGCGCUAAAAAGCAGCCAGCAGUUGGAGGCGAUGCAUACAGUGUAGGCACAUCUCCUGCCAGGCGGGACGUGAAUGGUGUGAAUGGUAUCAACGGCAUGAAUGGUGUAAAUGGUGUGAACCAUGGUGACACCAGCGCCUGUUGCAACAGGAACGGAAUACAACAGAGUUGA